GCAUGGGCUUUAGUAAUCUGUAUACGAUGUUCACAAGGAAUAGAUCGAGACUGGGGAGUCUGUAGUUGGCUCUCCAUUAAAUACAUCUAUCUAGAGCAAUUUCAAUGCAUGGAUCUACUUACAGUGACUCCGAGAUGAAAGCAAGCUGGGAAGCUGGAGUGACCUCGAUGCAUAGCUUGCCACUGCGCACAACAGGACACGACUUACGGCAUUCCUGUCUGCACUUCUUGGGCUUGCACUUGUCACUACUGACAAUGGCGACACUAUUCAAUAGUUCAGCAUCUAAGCGAGCACCUGUCGUCCAUGUCCCACACAUACCGGGUCAGUUUAUCCGCCAUGGUGAAGUUCACGAGGGGGCCCGAGAGCGUCGAUCUAUACGGUCAAUGGCGGCUGAAUCGAACUCGAAUUGGGAGAGGCACACAGGCGACUCGGACAAGCUAGGAAUUUAACAGUAGGGUCCAAAGAGGGAGCGGAUAGUCGGAGUCGGCGUCGUCGUUGAUGGUGUCGUCGUCGUCGAUCAGAAAAAAAAUAGCUGCGUACCCCGCGUCGGUUGUUCUGCAUAUUUUCUA